AUGGUCAGGUACGGCCAGAUGACCGCAGGCAGCUACUGCUACAUCGGUCCCCAGGGAAUCGUCCACGGCACAGUGCUCACUGUGUUGAAUGCGGGCCGACGGUACCUGGGUGUCAAGGACCUCACUGGUAAGGUCUUUGUCACCUCCGGGCUGGGCGGAAUGAGUGGCGCUCAGGCCAAAGCCGCAGUCAUCGUGGGGUGCAUCGGUGUGAUAGCAGAGGUGGAUAAAGCCGCCCUCAUGAAACGCCACGAGCAAGGAUGGCUGAUGGAAGUGACCGACAGCUUGGACCACUGCAUUGAAAGACUCAGGGAAGCAAGGAAAAGGAAGGAGGUGCUCAGCCUUGGUUACCAUGGCAAUGUGGUGGAUCUUUGGGAGCGUCUGGUCCACGAAUUGGACACAACAGGGGAGCUCUUGGUGGACCUGGGGUCAGACCAGACGUCCUGUCACAACCCAUUCAAUGGUGGUUACUACCCUGUGCAGCUGGGCUUCGCAGAGGCCCAGAGCCUCAUGGCCUCCGACCCUGCUGCAUUCAAGGGCCUGGUCCAGGAAAGCCUGAGAAGGCAAGUCUCCGCCAUCAACAGACUAGCCAAGGAGAACUUCUUCUUUUGGGACUAUGGCAAUGCCUUCCUCUUGGAGGCCCGAAGAGCAGGAGCGGAUGUGGAGAAGAAAGGCGCCAACAAGACGGAAUUCCGCUACCCCUCGUAUGUCCAGCACAUCAUGGGGGACAUAUUCUCCUUGGGAUUUGGGCCUUUCCGCUGGGUAUGCACGUCAGGGGACCCCCAGGACCUGGCAGUCACAGAUGAGCUGGCCACAUCUGUGCUAGAGGAGGCCAUUGCUGACGGAGUGAACCCAGCUGUGAAGCUGCAGUAUAUGGACAACAUCCGCUGGAUCCGGGAGGCCACCAAGCACCGGCUGGUGGUGGGGUCCCAGGCGAGGAUCCUGUACUCAGACCAGAAAGGCCGUGUGGCCAUCGCUGUGGCCUUCAACCAAGCCAUCGCCCAUGGGAAGAUCAAGGCACCAGUGGUCCUGAGCCGAGACCACCAUGAUGUGAGUGGCACAGACAGCCCCUUUAGGGAGACCUCCAACAUUUAUGAUGGCUCUGCUUUCUGUGCAGACAUGGCUGUGCAGAACUUCGUGGGAGAUGCCUUUCGAGGUGCCACCUGGGUCGCUCUUCACAAUGGUGGGGGUGUUGGCUGGGGUGAGGUCAUCAAUGGAGGAUUUGGCCUCGUGCUGGACGGGACCCAGGAGGCUGAGCAGAAGGCCAAGAUGAUGCUCAGCUGGGAUGUCUCCAACGGAGUGGCUCGGCGCUGUUGGUCUGGGAACCGGAAGGCCUACGAGAUCAUCUGCCAGACGAUGCAGGACAACAAGGGCUUGGUGGUGACACUCCCGCAUGAGGUGGCCGAUGAGCACAUGCUCCAGCAGGCCCUGCGGCCAUGAGGGGAACCCAAGAGCCGGCCUUGGUUCCCUCAUCCCCCCUUGGUCCCUGUCCUCACCCUCACAGUCACCGCGCAUCUGUCACUACACACCUUUGUCUCCUGGGUUAGCAGUUUCACACACAAGCCCUCACUUGGCCCUCAAUGCCCUGGAGGGCAUGGCACCACCAUCCGCAGUUUACAAACGAGCCAGCCCAAGCCAGAAGAGAUGGGACCCUUUGUCCGUGACCCCUGGGAACCCUGGGAGGGCAGCAAAAGUCUCGUCCAGGGCCAAAUCCUCUAGCCCGCCAAAAGGAGACUCCAGGAACUUUUGGGGGCUGUGCAUGCCAUGAAUACUGGGCGUCAACCAGUCCCUUCAAAGCCCCUGCCAUUCUUUCUUCCACCAAGGGAGCAGAGUCUCCUUUGGCCUGGUUUUUAUCAAUCACUCUGCCUCCUGUCUGCCUUCCAUCCAUGCAUCCAGCUAUCUUUCCAUCUGCUGGCCUGUCUAGCUGUCCAUGACAUACUUACUGUAUCUCAGUGCCUCCAGCCAUGGGCCCAAAGGAACACGGCCAGUCCCUGGGCUUGAGGGUCCAGGGAGGAAGACAGGGUAAUAAAGGAUUAGGAAAGAAAGGAAAGAAGCCAUGUAAGGUGUCAUGGGCAGGAUGGCCAUGGGUUGGUGGGUUGGCGGCAGGCAAGGUCCUGCCCUAAAGGGUCAACGGUAGUUUGUGGGAAAAAAGGAGAGAAGAGGGGUGCCCCCGAUGGCUGGCCCAGUAUGAAGUGCAAGAAAAUGCAGCGCAGUCCCUUUAGAGGGAGGCCCGCUCCAGAACCCUGCUUGCAACCAGGUGUCCUGCAGGAGCCCUGUUGGGCCUGAGGCUGCAUUUUCGCACCCCUCCCCCAGAUAUCUGAUCCUGGUAGUGGCUGGACCCAUGGCCCAGGCUCAGAUGCAAAGCACCCAGGCAAAGGGAGUUAAUGUGGCCAUGCUUUUCCAGGCCUUCCUUUUGAAGUAGGCACCCUUUUUUUUAGGGAUUCCCCUACUUUUAGGGCUCCCUCCUGCCUCCUCGACUCCCGGUUGCCUAUUGCCCCCGUCCUCUGGGGUGCUGCAGGCUUUGGGUAUGAUUGGCUUUCCCCCUGUGACCACCUAGCCCCUGGAGCUGAGACGAAGGCAGGAGGAGGACACAAGGUAGCAGUGGGGUGGGGGUGGGAGAGAGGGGGAAGAAAGACCCCCAAAGGUGGUAGUACCCUCUGAUGACAGAGGAGAGCAUGCUGCGGCGAGGACAUUUGUCUUGUUUGGUUCACACAGUGGGACCCAGGCCAAACCCUUUGCCUUCCUCAGAACAAGCCCCUUUGGGGAGGGGACUUCUAGCUCCUGCCUCUAAUCCAGGGCAGACCAUGGCCUCACCCUGCUGUGGGACCAGGCCUGGGAGAUGGGGGCCUGGGGGACUGCCUCCCUGUCCUUAGCAACCAAUGAGCUAUCCCCUUUCCUUUGUUUGAAAUUGAAGUCUAGUUGAUGCACAAUCUUACAGUAGUAGUUUCAGAUGCACAACGCAGUGAUUGGACAACGCUUCCCCUUUCCUUUGUAAUUAAUUAGGUUUUAGAAAUGAAAUGCCAAGACUCUGAUAAAACUUUGAUCUGUUUAA